AUGCAAGACGAAGACAUAGAUGACUUCGUGGUUAAUCAAAAAGCACAAAAUACAGUAAAAGCUACUGAAACCGUUUUGCGUCGCCUGGCGUUGUGGCACAAGGAUCGGUACGGAGAGGACUUGGAUUUCCUGAGCAUAACAAAGGAAAACUCAAACAAAAUGCUGAAACAUUUUUUCAUGGAAAUCCGAGACACAAGAAAACAGUCGGCUGGAAAAGAAUACGAGCCAUCAACUCUUACAACUUACCCAAAUACCUUCCGUCGUUAUUUCCUGGAGAGGAAAGAGGGAGAAAGGUUUGAUAUCGGCGAAGACCAAGAUCUGAGCAACAAGCUAGCGUCGAAGAGAAAGCAGCUAAAAAGCGCUGGUAAAGUUGGUCUACCGAACCAGUGUCAUGCUCUAGACGAUCAACAAAUAGAAAAGCUAUGGACUAGCGGAGCCGUUGGUACUAAAACGUCAAGACAGCUGCUACAUCUUGUUUGGUGGAACAACAUCAGGGUGCUUGGGAUGAGAGCCAGACAAGAGCAGCUAGAUUGUCGUAUGGAAAAAUUGUUUACCAUUUUUUCUUAA